AUGGCAUAUGACCGCUACGUCACCAUCUGCAAACCACUACACUAUGAGUCUCUGAUGAACAGGAGAGCUUGUAUUGAAAUGGCAGCCAGUGCUUGGAUCAGUGGUAUUUUCUGCUCUGCACUGCACACUGGAAACACAUUUGCUUUAACCUUCUGUGGAGGCAACAUGGUGGAUCAAUUCUUCUGUGAAAUCCCACAGCUACUCAAGCUCACUUGCUCUGACUCAUAUCUCAAUGAAGUUGGGGUUAUUGCCUUUUUUGCAUGUUUAACUAUAAUCUGCUUUGUUUUAAUAAUUGUGUCAUAUGUUCAGAUCUUCUCCACGGUGCUGAGAAUCCCCUCUGAGCAGGGCUGGCAUAAAGCCAUCUCCACCUGCCUCUUUCACCUCAUUGUGGUCUCCUUGUUUGUUUGCACUGGGAACUUUACCUAUGUGAAACCACCCUCCAUCUGUCUAUCAGGUCUGGAUCUUGUGGUGGGUGUGCUCUAUUCCGUGGUGCCACCGAGUAUGAAUCCAAUCAUCUACAGCAUGAGGAACAAGGAAAUUAAAGGUGCUCUGAGGAAACUGACUCGGUGA